AUGGUAAUAUCAAUUAUUCACAAAAUGAAUGUGAGAAAUAAUGCAAUUUACAUUAGAAUAUUUACCAUUAUCCUCAUAACAUGGAUAUCUGAGUAUCUCAAUGAGCCAAUACGUGGAAAAUAUUUGUGUAACAGAUACUAUGAUGAUAAUGCAUUAGUCUUAAGAAAUCAUCGGAUAUUGGCAUAUAAUCAGGGAAAAAAGUUUAAACAGGAAAAAUUAAAAAAUGGUUUAAAACAUAAUCAAACCUAUGAAUGGAUGACAAAAGAAGAAAUAAUAGACUUAAUGCGUACAAAAUUAAAUAAAUAUAAUUGUAUUAUCAAAGGAUUAGUGUUAAAAUCUCCAAUAUACAAAUCUAUAAAAAGAAAUGAUGAUCUCUUUGAACAAAAAGUAUUCAAUUAUCUAGAAAAAUUUUAUAAAUACAAAGAAAAUGCCAAUGCGUCUAGUAAUACAUUUAAAAGGAGCCUAUAUACAAUGUAUGAUUUAUAUUUUGUUUUUGGUCUAGUUAUUCUGACCAUUGCAUUAUCCAUUCCCAUAAUAUCUAUACCUGUGUUAAUCAUUACUAAUAAGGAUUAUAAUAUGGAUUUUCUUACAUUUGGAAUAGUAUCUGCUGCAUCAUUUUUUACACUCAUUAUAAUAUAUAUAUUAUUACUUAUUCCUAUAUGCGUAAAAUUGCAUUUUUUUUUUUUAGUAUUCUUAAACUUCUUUGAAUUUUAUGUCAUUUUUGUUUGGUUAAGCAUACAUGCUUAUGCUAAUAUUAUAAUAAUUUCAAUGGAUAUUUGCUCUAUAUUUAUCUUAUAUCUAUUCCGUUUGUAUAUUUUAUACUCUAUAAAUUUAUAUAAAUGA